AUGUUAGGUGCAAGUGCAGCUGGCGCCAACAAAGCGAAGAUCAUAUGUCAGCAAUGUUUGGCUCCAGGUCAUUGGACCUAUGAGUGCAAAAACGGGAGCACUUAUCAGGUCCGCGCUUCAGCCAGCCGACAGUUGCGGCAGAAGCGAUUCAAACAAGCCUUCCUAGAAGAGGAGGCACCUGCCGUGCCUCACAAUGCAUUUCUAGGCGAUGAUCGAAUGCGCUUUGGUCCCAGGAAAGAAGCUACUGAGCCCCCAGAGAAGAAGCAAAAAGCUGAAAAGGAUGAGAAGGAAAAGAAGAAGAAGAAGAAGAAAAAGGAAUCAUCCUCAAGCUCUAGUGAUUCGAGCGAUAGUUCGGACAGCAGCUCCGACAGCUAG